AGUAACAUUAAAAGGUCUUGAAGAACAAUUAUUAUCUUCACUUGUUAAAAUUGAAAGACGUGAAUUAGAAGAAAUGCGUGAAACAUUAAUUCAAGAAAUAUUUGAAAAUCAACAACAACAAGUAUUGGGUUUGUUUCUAAAAAACAAUACCAAAAUUCUUCAUUUAUUGGUUUUUUAUUUCGAAUUUAGAAAUAUUCUUGAUAAUACAGAAUUAAUUGAAACAUUAGAAAAUACAAAAAUAAAACUCAAUGAAGUUAUACAACCAUUAAAUUUAGGUGAAAGAACUCGACAAGAUAUUGAAAAAUUACGUGAUACAUAUACAUAUAGAUUAGCUGCUAUACGUGGUGCUGUACUUUAUUUUUCUUUAGUUCAAAUGUCAAUUAUUAAUUCAAUGGUUCGUUAA